UCGCAAAGACGCUUGAUUUACAUUUGGAUCAAUUCGGAUAACAACUGAAUUGACAUUAAUGAUGAAAGUUCAUUCUUGUUCGCAUUUCUGCCGGUAAUUUUGCUUUGUCAGAUGCAUUAAUACCCUGCAACAUGCUUUCGUUAGCAGGUGGAAGGUUUGGAAAUUGCUGCACAAGAUGUAUACAACCAUCUUCAAAGCAGAAAAAGAAGAUUAUGUCAAACCUGAGAUUCAACUCUGAAACAUCAUUUAUCUUAUUUCAAGCCGUGGAGACUCGUUCUUGUUCAAAUGUGAAAGUACCAAAUAGUAAAACCUACAUGAAACAAUCUGAACCAGUGUUGUUUAGAUGUCUUAUUACUAAUAGACACAAUGUUAGAAACAUUUUCACAGCCAUUAAUAAAAUUGCUCGACCACUGAAGACAGAUUUUCUAGCAUCGAAAGUGUUAAUAAAUGGAUACCAGUCUCGUGAUGCAAGCACGAUGGGACGACUCCUGGGCACUGUGGGCAAAUUUCUGCGUAUUCGGUACCUGAUACUCACAGGAGCAAUAGGGGGUGGAGUUGCUGUUAAUCAGACGUAUGACAACUGGAAGCAGUACAUGCCAGAUCUAGAAUGGAUAAAGGGAUACCUUCCUGAGACAGGUGCCCUGGAAAGAAUCAAGGGGCAGUUCAACCAUACCAGAGAACUCGUGAGCAAGUUUAAAAUGGUGGAUUUGUCCCAAUUGAAAGCAAAGCUGCCGACCGCACGAGAAAUGAACGACUGGUUGGAUGAAAAUAAGAGAGAUAUUUCUUCCAUGUUCUCUGAAGGUAGAGAGUCCAUAUAUCAGGCAGUGGCCGAGGUUCUUCCUGCAGAUUCAGGAAUCAGCACAGACACAAGUUCCAAACUUCUUCCAAGGGUGGGGAUCAACCCUAGAAUCGGAAAUCCCUUUGGGGAAAAGGCGGCCAAGAGUGACGAAAAAUCGAGGCAAGAAAGUCUGAAUGAUGAAAUUAUGAAAAUACAGACAAAGUACCAGAAGGAAGUUGAUAGAUUAGAGAAAGAAAAUCGUGACCUAAAAAAGCAAUUGAACCUUAUGGAACAAAAGACUGGAAAGAAACGCAAAAUGAAUACAUCACUGAUUGACAUGUACUCCGAAAUUCUGGAUGUAUUGUCGGGGUUUGACUCAACUUACAACACCCAAGACCACUUGCCAAGGGUGGUUGUCGUGGGAGACCAAAGUGCGGGUAAAACCAGUGUCCUCGAGAUGGUGGCACGAGCACGAAUAUUCCCCAGGGGUUCUGGUGAGAUGAUGACAAGGUCACCAGUCAAGGUCACACUGAGCGAGGGUCCGUUCCACAUCGCGCAGUUUAAGGACAGCAGUCGAGAGUUUGACCUCACCAAAGAAGAGGACACGGAGGCGUUGCGUAGAGAGGUGGAACAUCGCAUGAAGAAGAGUGUUAGCAAGGGACAGACUGUCAGCUCUGAGUGUAUCUCGAUGACCGUGAAGGGUCCAGGCAUACAAAGGAUGGUUCUGGUAGACCUACCCGGUAUCAUAUCAACAGAGACUACAGUGAUGGCUAAGGAUACAAAGGAGAGCAUCAAACGACUUGUCAAGAGCUAUAUGGAGAACCCCAACGCCAUUAUACUUUGUAUACAAGACGGUUCCCUGGACGCAGAACGCAGCAAUGUCACAGACGUGGUCAGCCAGAUUGACCCCAGUGGCAAGCGCACCAUCUUCGUACUGACCAAGGUGGACCUGGCCGAGAGCAACCUCUACAAUCCUAACAGGAUCAAAUCCAUUCUAGAAGGGAAGUUGUUUCCCAUGAAGGCACUGGGAUACUUUGCAGUUGUCACUGGGAAAGGCAAUUCAAAUGACAGCAUAGAGACUAUCAGAGACUAUGAAAAUGAGUUCUUCAAAAAAUCCAAGCUUUUAAAGGAAGGCGCCCUGAAGCACACGCAGGUGAGCACUCAGAACCUGAGCAUGGCUGUGUCAGAACUCUUCUGGAAGAUGGUCAAGGAGAACAUAGAACAGCAGGCGGACGCUUUCAAAGCUACAAGAUAUAAUCUGGAAACAGAAUGGAAAAACAACUUUCCGAGACUUCGAGAAUUGGACAGGGAUGAGCUGUUUGAGAAGGCCAAGGGUGAAAUCCUGGACGAGGUAGUUAGCCUUGGAGCUGUGUCAGCCAAGCAGUGGGAGGAGUUGUUCUACAGAAAGCUUUGGGAGAAGGCAGCCACCUAUGUGUUUGAGAACAUCUACGUUCCUGCUGCACAGGCUGGAACCAUCGGUGAGUUUAACACUAUGGUGGAUAUCAAGUUGACAGAAUGGGCCAGUCAUGCAUUGCCAAAGAAAAGCGUAGAGGUGGGUUGGGACGUGCUACACCAGGAGUUUUCUCGCCUUGUGGAGAAGGACACUAAGAGAGGCAGUGAGCUGGAUGAGGUGUUCAACAAACUCAAGAUCGCCGUCAUCGACUCGUCUAAGUCUACGCAUCACUGGGAUCCUAAGGCAGAGGAAAGUCUGCGUGUGAUCCAGAGGAACAUUCUGGAGGACAGAUCUGUGCAUGACAAACAGCAGUGGGACGCCUCUAUAGCCUUCAUGGAGGAGACUCUGAAAGAACAGCUCCGGAGAAACCAGGAGACCCUGAAGGAUCUCACUGGUCCCGGCACGUGGGAGCAAUGGUGGCAUUGGCGACACAAGACCACAGAGCACCGCAACAGGAUAGCCACGAAACACGAGUUGGAGAAGCUACUCAAACCUCAGACGACUCACCGGCCCUCGCUGUCCCAGGAUGAGGUGACCACUGUGAGACAGACCCUACAGUCACAGGGACUCGAAGUGGACACAGAGUUUAUAAAAGAGACGUGGUACCAUGUGUUCCGGGAGCGGUUUAUUCUGAAGUCCCUACAGCAGUGUGCAGACUGCAAGAAGGGCUUCUACCACUACCAGAAUGCCAUACCUAACUCUGGGCUGGACUGUCAUGAGGUGGUUCUGUUCUUUCGCCUCCAGAGGAUGCUGUCAGUGACCAGUAAUGCUCUACGACAGCAAGUGGUCAAUAACGAGGCGCGCAGGCUGGAGAGGAUCAUAAAGGAUGUACUGGAUGACUUUGGUGAGGACACGGAUCGCUUGAAGAGAUUGCUAACGGGCCGACCUGUAGAACUGGCAGAGGAACUCAAAAAAGUCCGCCAAAUCCAAGAGAAGCUAGAGGAAUUUAUCGAGGCAUUGAAUAGAGAGAAAUGAAAUGACUCAUGUGAUAGUAGUUGUACCUGAUACAGAAGGCUUGAAUGUUGCAGACUGAUUGUUGAUCUGUGUUGCAUAGCAUGGUCAAACCUCUUAGAAACUAUGUAACGUUACAGUUGUGUGUUCAAGUCACUUUGUAUAACCCAUUUUAAAUAAAAGAAUUUUCGAAACAUUUAAUAUAAACACUCGACAAUUUUUGGGAUUUUCAGGAUUUUUACUGAUGUUUGUUCACUAAAUACACAUUUAUAACCCAUUUCAAAUUGAAGAAUUCAAGAAACAUUACAAACGCAUGACAUUUUUUGCGAUGAUCAGGAUUUUCACUGAUGUUUGUUCACUAAAUACACAUUUAUCAUGAGUCAGAUUGUGGUUCCACUUAUUAUGCUCUAGCCUUAAGUCAUUAUUAACCUAGACUGAAACCUGCUUUGCUAGUAUGUUCUGGUAUUUUAGAUCUUCUACUUGAUUAACACAGUUCUUAAAUGUUUCUUAGUAAUACUACAAUUUAUUUUUGGUGUGUUGUCAAUUUUAAAAAAUAGAAUUAUAUACUUAUCAAUUGCACGUUCCUCUAAUUUUGGAAAUUCAAUGAACAAAAAUGGAAUGUGUCCUUUAAAUGGUCAUAGGAAUAUAAUUGUUGUAAUUUAUUAUAAUAGAUGUUUAUUGUAUAUACAUUUUAACAAGAAAGCUUACUCAACAAAACAAAAUGUGUCAGAUACAUGUAUAGUUUGGUAUUUAAUAUUUAGUAGCCAUUAUAUGCAUGUACAACACUAUCACAUUAAUAUCAGUUUGUGUAACUGUAUUUAAUUUGAGCAACUUUUUGUUUGCUGUUCCUUUUGAGAUUUCUUUUUAAAUAAGUUAUCAGGUUUUUCUAAAUAUUUAUGCCCCCCUUUGAAGAAGAGGGGGUAUAUUGUUUUGCACCUGUCUGUCCGUCCGUCGGUCCGUCCACCAGAUGGUUUCGGGAUGAUAACUCAAGAACGCUUAGGCCUAGGAUCAUGAAACUUCAUAGGUACAUUGAUCAUGACUGGCAGAUGACCCCUAUUAAUUUUCAGGUCACAAGGUCAAAGGCCAAGGUCACAGUGACUCGAAAUAGUAAAAUGGUUUCCAGAUGAUAACUCAAGAAUGCUUAGGCCUAGGAUCAUGAAACUUCAUAGGUACAUUGAUCAUGACUAGCAGAUGACCCCUUUCGAUUUUCAGGUCACUAGGUCAAAAGUCAAGGUCACAGUGACUCGAAACAGUAAAAUGGUUUCCGAAUGAUAACUCAAGAAUGCUUACGCCUAGGAUCAUGAAACUUCAUAGGUACAUUGAUCAUGACUAGCAGAUGACUCCUAUUGAUUUUCAGGUCACUAGGUCAAAGGUCAAGGUCACAGUGACUCGAAAUAGUAAAAUGGUUUCCGGAUGAUAACUCAAGAAUGCUUACGCCUAGGAUCAUGAAACUUCAUAGGUACAUUGAUCAUAACUGGAAGAUGACUCCUAUCAAUUUUCAGGUCGCUAGGUCAAAGGUCAAGGUCACAGUUACUUGAAACAUUAAAAUGGUUUCCUGAUGAUAACUCAAGAUUAAUUAGGCCUAGGAUCAUGAAACUUUAUAGGUACAUUGAUCAUGACUCGCAGAUGACCCCUAGAGAUUGUCAGGUCACUAGGUCAAAGGUCAAGGUCACAGUGACAAAAAACGUAUUCACACAAUGGCUGCCACUACAACCGACAGCCCAUAUGGGGGACAUGCAUGUUUUACAAACAGCCUUUGUUUUAUUAGUGAUUCAUCAUUUUUUUAAAUUACUAAACAAUCGUAUUAAAAUUGAGAAACCAAAGCUAUUCAAAUGGUUUGAUAGUAUUUUAGUACAAACAUUAUUAUUUCCAGACAAUACAAUGCAUAUCUGGAAAACUGUAUCUUAAUUUUUUAUGAAUAUGUUCAUCUGCAGAAAGGAAAUUGUUUGCAAUUACAUGUAUUAUGUCAGUUUUAAUAUAUCCAUGGCAUUUGAGGUGCAAAAUCUGUGUUGUAUACUAUAUACCCCUUGUAAUAUAUUCAACAAAGUUUACAAGAAUUGCAUAUGGACUUGAUGUUUUUGUUUCAAAGAUAUAACAAACUUUGAAAUUAUUUUAACAAAGAUUGCAAUCAUUAAUAUACGCCCCUCUGAGGAAGGCACUAUUUGCUUUGCACCUGUCUAUCCAAUAGUCAGUGGAUUUGAUUCAGAAUAAUUUCUUUAGAAUGCUCUGACAAGAACUAUUACAAUAUGUAUGAUGGUUACCUGGAAGGAAAAGAAGACACUAAGGAAUUAGAUUUUCAGGUCAAAGUUCAAGGUCACAGGAGGUUGUAAGAUGAAAUUAAGUAGGGACAGUAGUAGUAUUAUCCCCCGCCAUAGGCGGAGGGAUAUUGUUUUGGUGUUGUCCGUCCGUCCGUCUUUCUGUCCAUCCGGAGCCAUAUCUUGGAAGUGCUUUGGCGGAUUUCAUUGAAACUUGAUACGAGUAUAUAUAUGGAUAAGAGGAUGAUGCACGCUAAAUGGCGUUGUACACCAUCUGUUAAUAACGGAGUUAUGGCCCUUUGUAUCUUGAAAAAAUGCUUUUUUUUAGUGUCAAAUAUAACACUUUUGUGUCCAGAUGAAUAUUGGGGGGGGGAUAUCAAUUCAACGAAUCUGCUCGUUUAAGUUGGGGGUGGAAGGUGCAUACAUGUUUGAUCAAACAUAUUUUGUUGCAUUAUUAUUUAAUUUGAAAAAAAAAUAUAUCCUGUAUAACCAUAUAGGACAAGAAUUGUGCUGAAUUGUGAUUGAAAU